AGGCCCGCCACCGCCGAACGCGCAGAGGACAGGUCGGAGAUCGAAAAGCUCGCUGCCAAGCACUGGCUCGGAUCAAAACCAAAAUACACAAAGAAAUGCGUCGACACCAUCGCCAAGCACCUGGCUGGCAGCCAUUUCGCCAAGCGCGCUCUGCAAGAGCUCGAGCGUACGCAGUACCUGGAGCGCUUCCUCUGGCCGCACUUUUCCGACGCCUCGACCGACAUCCACGUUCUGUCGGUGCUUCUGAUGGUGAACGAGAAGCAUCAGGAGAAGCUGCUGGCGACUCUGUGGCCUGUGGUCGAGGAGAGCUUCCAGAUGCUGUUUGCCAGGGUGAUAAAGAUUGCGCUCAAAGCCGUCGAUUCCAGGGACGUGCGCUCGGUGGUGACACAGUUUCUGGUUGCGUGUUUUGGGAGCCUCGAGACUGAAUGUGUGCGCACGGCGUGCCUGCCGUUUGUCGGGAUCUCGAUCUGGCACAACGUCAGCGCCAAGGCCAGCAUUGAGACCGAGUUUGAGCGCGUGCCGACCCUGAAAAGGCUGUGGAAGCACACGAUGAAGAAGUUCAAGCCUGGGAAAACACAGCCAGACGAGCUGGCUGUGCUUACUGGGCAGCGCGAUUUCCUGGCCCAGUGGAUCAAGGCGUUCCUUGCAGCGCUGUACGAGGACCAGACAGUUGGGUUCUGUAUCAAGUCUAUCGAGCUGCUGGCCGACUUGCUGUCCCAGCUGGCAACUCGCCGGUAUGUCAAGCUGCUGAUCGUCGAUUACCAGGUUUUGGAGCUAUGUGCGAGAUCGAGUAUGUACAAGAAUGACAGGUUUAGGUCGCUGGUCGAGAUGCUGGAGAAGAUGGUGUACUUCCAGGUCGACGACAUCACCGGCCAGGCGCUGUCUGAGUAUGAUGCCAAGGAUCGCCAGUACCAGAGCCUGGUGAGAUUGCAGUUGCUUGUGUUCAAGCGGUUCCCCAAGCAGCUUGAAGACCUAGUUGUGUCCGGCACCCGCGCACUUGGUGACACCGAAGCUCUGGCCGGAUAUCUCCAGGUACUGGGCGAUGAUGACCUGCGCGAACUGGCAGAGAUGCUGGGCGUGCGCACUGUACCAGUGAUUGCGGCAGAUGUCGACUUUAUUGACGGUGAGACGUACACAAACACGUUUAUCAUAUGCGCUAUCGCCAACCGCUUCAAGACUCGCGAGACUGUGGCCGACCAGGUGCGUGGCAUCUCGCCGUACCCAACCGAGUCAUCGCUGUUUUCUGAGCUGAUCACCGAAGCCGACAACUACGGCAGGUCAGCCGACCCCAUCUCUUUGCAGUAUCCUGUGCUGCCCAUCCCCAAGCUCAACCUGCAGUUCCUGACUCUGCACGACUAUCUGUCGCGAAGCUUCGAGCUGUUCCAGCUCGAGAGUGCAUACGAGAUCCGCGAGGACGUCAAGGACGCAAUCAAGCGCCUGAUGCCCAAGGUCGAGGAUGACGUGUAUUUUGCCGGCUGGGCACGAAUGGCCAUGCCGCUCAGCAGCUUCUCUAUCGUCGAUGUGCAGCGGCCGAUGAUCGGUCAGAGCGCCCCGUCCAAGGUGCGUGCCGACUUGUCCAUCGACCUGAAGCCAUACACAGAGACUGUCCGUCUGGAGUGGGACACCGAGGUGCGUCCGCACGAUGUCCUGGUUCUGGUCACUGUAGCCGGUCUUGCUAGCGGCAAGCACGUGAUAAAGUACGUGCGUGGGUGUGAGGUCGAGUCGUCUGUGGAUACGGGCAGUGCCGAGUCUCUGCGCACGCUCCGGGUUCUGCUGGACGCGAACCAGUACCAUAGCGAUUUGAAGCUAGACGACGAUGUUUAUGACUCGUUUAAUGUGGUUUUGCGUCGGCGCCCGCAAGAGAACAACUUCAAGGCUGUUCUGGAGACUAUCCGCGAGCUGAUGGUGGCUGACGAAGCGCUACCAGAGUGGCUGGCACCGGCAUUCCUUGGAUAUGGCGAUCCGGCCGCGGCUGUGAAGGUUGGGGCUACCAACACGGUUGCUUUUGGCGAUACGUUUGUCGAUGAGGCGCAUCUGCACGAGUGCUUCGACGGAUAUGAGGUCCACGGAGAGUUCGGCAAGCCGUGUACUGUCACAUUCGCCGGGCCAGACAGCAAGGCUCUCACAGUUUCUGGUGCACCGAAGCGUGCCACAGGCCCAUUCCAAAUGCUGCAGAAGAGGCAAAACUCUGUGCGAUUCACUGCUGCGCAGGUUUCUGCCAUCCAGUCUGCCAGCCACCCCGGUCUGACUAUGAUUGUCGGCCCGCCAGGCACGGGAAAAACCGACGUUGCAGUUCAGAUUAUUUCCAAUCUCUAUCAUGCCCACCCUGAGCAAAAGAUCCUGCUGGUGACCCACUCGAACCAGGCGCUGAACCAGUUGUUUGAGAAAAUCAUUGACCUGGAUAUCGAACCACGCCAUCUGCUGCGCCUGGGGCACGGUGAGGAGGAGCUGGAGUCUGAGGAGCGGUACUCGAAAGCUGGCCGCGUCGAGUCGUAUUUGGAGAGGCGCCAGUAUUUGCUUGCGGAGGUGCAGAGGCUGGCAAGGGCCAUGGGCAUUGUGGGCGAUUUCGGGUAUACAUGUGAGACAGCGCGGAUGUUCUUCAUCACCCACGUCAAGGUCAAGUGGGCUGCCUAUCAGCGCAAGCUCAGCACCGAGGGGCUAUCAAAGGACAAUGUCACGGCGGCGUUCCCCUUCAGUGCGUUCUUUGAAGGGUCAGAUGCCAGCGCUUUGUUCCCUGAGCAGGCAAGCCCUGAGGAACUGGCCGAGAUCACCGGUGGUUGCUACACGUACAUCGAGGACAUGUUUGACGAGCUGCAGGAUAUCCAGCCGUUCGAGCUUCUGCGGUCGUCCCACGACCGAUCCAACUACCUCUUGACCAACCAGGCGCGCAUCGUCGCCAUGACCUGCACUCACGCGGCCCUCAAGCGCUCCGACAUGCUGCAGCUCGGAUUCCACUACGACACAGUAGUCAUGGAAGAAGCCGCGCAAGUGCUUGACAUUGAGACAUUUGUUCCCUUGGCGAUGCAGAAGACGAGUGCGCGGCUUAAACGCGUGGUGCUGAUUGGCGACCACAACCAGCUACCGCCUGUUGUCAAGAGCCAGGGGCUGAAGGUGUUUGGCAAUCUCGAGCAGAGCCUGUUUGCACGCAUGGUGAGGCUGGGUGUGCCGUAUGUGGAGCUGAACCGCCAGGCACGUGCACGGCCAGAGAUCGCCGACCUGUAUCGGUUCCGCUACGAUGAUUUGGGCGAUUUGUCUUCAGUGACUACUGGGGCAUUUGCUAUGCCUAACCCUGGAUUAGCAAGCACCUUCCAGUUCAUCAACACCGAGGACCUCGAUGGGCAAGGGGAGAGCGAGCCGACCAAGCAUUUCUACCAGAACCUUGCUGAAGCCGAAUACGCUGUGGCCAUAUACCAGUACAUGCGGCUGCUCGGGUACCCGGCCGACACGAUCGCGAUUCUGACAACGUACAAUGGACAAUGCGCGCUCCUCAACGAUGUGCUGAAGAGGCGGUGCGAAUGGCUGCCGUACUUUGGCCGGCCCAAGGCCGUGGCUACCGUGGACCAGUUCCAGGGCCAGCAAGCAGACUAUGUCAUUUGCUCGCUGGUGCGGACCAAGACGGUCGGCCACAUCCGCGAUCUGCGCCGGUUUACUGUAGCUGUGUCGCGUGCACGCCUGGGCCUAUAUGUUCUUGGUCGCCGCGAUGUAUUUGAGUCGUGCUUCGAGCUGCAGCAGUCGAUGCAGAAGCUGCUGGAGAAUGGAGAUAAGCUGGUAGUUUGCAAGGACGAACUGUAUGGAAGCGAGCUUCGAAAGAAGCGCAAGGCCUCUGUGGUUGAGGGCAUGGUGGAGAUGGGCAAGAUUGUCUAUGACAUGAGCCAAAAGCAUGUCGAAGAG